AUGAGCUCUCCCAAUAUCGAUCUUCUCGGAGCAACCCAAGGCUCCCAAGGGGAUGGGCCUGCUCCUCCAAAGGUCCACGUCCACAUGGGGACGGUCGUUGCUGUUAUCGCUGUCAACUUUGCUCUGUUCGGCCAGCUGGUAUCUCUGGUCGGCUCGGGUUUUCUGGCUCAGACCAUGGCAACAGCACUGGGGGACACAUCCAAAGCUGUGUGGUUCAGCACUUCUCUCACAAUUGCUACUAUUACAUUGAAUCCUCCCAUCAGCCAAGCAGCUGACUACUGGGGAAGAAAGUGGUUCCUUGUCGUAACGAACGCUCUGGCCGUGGUUGGGUGCAUCGUCAUAUCGAGAUCAGAGAAUAUCGCAACAUGCAUUGUCGGCUUCUGCAUCAUGGGGGUCUCCUUCGGAUCGCAAUCUCUGAUGUACUCAGUCGUCUCAGAAGUUCUUCCGCGAAGAUACAGAGGCAUUGGACAAGGCUCACUCAACAUCUCCUCUGCUGCUGGCGGAAGUUUUGCCCUCCUGGUCGGCGGGGCGCUUGUCCGUCACAACGCAUAUCACUUCCGCAUCUACUGGUACAUCACCUGUGGCGUGUACGCCGUGGCUACGGUAGGAGUCUUCAUCGGCUACGACCCACCGACGAGACCUCUGCAGAGGACUCUCACCGCUUGUCAAAAGCUACGGGAGCUGGACUGGAUAGGCUUUUUCCUCAUCACCGCUGGGCUUACGCUCUUCGCUAUCGGCCUUCAGUUCUCAGGAAACCCGUACAGUUGGAGAGACGGUCCAGUCUUGGGCCCCUUCAUCGUCGGCGUUUGCCUCCUAAUAACCUUCUGUCUGUAUGAAUGGCUCGGGCGCUCCGAUGGAUUGCUCCAUCACGGCCUCUUCCAAGACAGAAAUUUCGCUAUUGCGCUGUUUGCCAUCUUCACAGAGGGGUUGGCCUUCCUGACCAGCAACAGCUACUUCGCGUAUGAGGUGGCGGUGCUGACCCACGUCAGUCUUUUCAAGGCAGUGGUACACUUCUCCAUAUUCUUCUUCGGAGGCAUCAUAUGCUCUGCUUUAGCUGGAUUGAUGGUCACUCGCACAAAGUCGGUCCGAGAGCCGUUGGUGUUUGGCUUUGCCGUACUCCUAGCAUACAAUGCCUGCAUGAUAAGCAUCAAAUCCACCGCCGGAGAGGGUUUUUUCUGGGCAUUUGCCGUGCUCGGUAGCAUUGGAUUGGGCUUCAUCCUUACCACCAUCACAAUCGCCGCCCAAAUGAGCGCUCCUCCAGAGAUGAUCUCCGUGACCACGGGUCUUCUCAUUGCCUGCCGUAGCGUUGGAGGCACCAUUGCUCUUGCCGUCAACAAUGCCAUUUUCAGCAAUAGCAUAAACCACUCGGUGCCGUCACAGAUUACCCGCGCUGUUUUGCCUUUGGGGUUCCCUGCGCAAAAUCUGACAGCACUGAUUCACGCCUUGUUGAGCAACAAACCUGCUCUGGUGGCCAAAGUGCCCGGAAUCAAUCAAGAGAUUGCUUUGGCGGCCGAAGGUGCUUUGUUCAAGGCUUAUGCGAUCUCAUUCCGCCAUGUUUGGAUUGCCGCGACCAGUUUCUGUGCUGCUGGUUUUCUGGCUUCGUGCUUGUUCCGUAACAACAAAUCCAAUUUUACAGCAGAAAUCGACGCACCGAUGGCCCGUGAGCUCGAAGAAGUUCAGGGUUUCAAGUUGGCUCCGCGGUCAGAGCAUCAAGAGAUGGUGAACAUCGAGAGAGCCAUUUGA